AUGAUCAUCAUCGCUCAUGUACGAAUGAAAGCCCUCACUAAGGAGGCGCUGCGCAAGCAGCUCGAGACCUGCCUCGGGACGAAGUACUGCCGGAUCUUCUUCCCCGCCAUGGCUGCAGCUUUCAUGGCUUACCUGUUGCUGUCCGCGCUGCUGCCCUCGGACGCCUAUGCCCUGGCAGCCCUCACGUUGCCAGCCCCGGCGAUCCUAUUCCUGCGCGGCCGGGCAGUGCGGCGGCCUGCGAAGACCUGA